AUGGGGCCAAUUGAUCCCAAUAUCACUAUUGAGAUCCUAUUUCGCUCUGGAAUUCAUCAAAAACGUGGCCCUCUCUAUCUUGCAGACUCUCUACAUCUAAAUCCUACAAAAAGAGGGCCAAAAGCAAAGUCUAUUCCAAAGAAAUGGGCAGAAAAACAGCCAAAUGAUCAUACAAAUCCAUCUAUCCCUGAUGAUUCCACAGCCGAUACCCAGCUAGAUAAGCUUCUAAUACCCCUAGAAGAAGCUGAAGAACACUUCAAAGGCCGUCAAAUCAAUGAAAUUCUCUGA